GGGAGGCGCCCCGAGACUGAGAGGCGGCCGCGCCUGGGGCCUCUGCGCUCUGCCCCUGGCCUCCCGCACGGAGCUCGCUCGGAGGGCGCCCCAUCCACUGCCCUCCGCAGCCUCAGGGACCAGGGCGAGGCCAGGGGAGCAGAGGGAGCAGCCAUGGCGGAGCCGGAGGCCGUGGCCGACGACCUAGACGCCCUCAUCGACAACCUGGACUACCUCCCGGGCCACUUUCACCUGGAGAUGCAGUUGAACUUCGAGCCGCGCUCGCCGACCACGCAGCGCGCCCGGGACCUGAAGCUGCAGCGGGAGGGUCUGCGGCAGGAGCUUGAGCUGGCGGCCGCCCCGCAGCGCCCCGCCGUGCGUCAUCUCCUGGGCGCUUUCGCCUUCUACCUGGAGGAGCUGGACGAGGCCCGCGAGCGCUUCCUCGAGGUGGCCCACGAGCACCCGGGCAACCUCAACGCCUGGGCCAAUCUGGCACACGUGUACGGGCGGCUGGGCCAGGAGGAAGAAGAGGAGGCUUGCGCCGUGCGGCUGGCCGGCCUCAUGGGCCUGGCGGGGGAGCCCGAAGCCGCCGGGGACCCCCAGCUCUGCGCCGCUCGCUGCCUGGCAGAGCAGGGCUACGCGCACGGUUUCGACGUGGGCUGCGUCAGCCCAGAGGAGCGCGCGCGGGGGCUGGCGGCGGGCAUCGCACUCUACGACAAGGCGCUGGGCUACGGGCAGCAGAUCCCGAUGGAGGAGAAAAGGGGCUGGUAUUUCACCAUGGCAACACUCUACAUCAGGCUAGAUGGCAUCCUCCUGGAGCUGGGCAGUGAGGAGCAGAAGAGGCUGCCCGCCUUUAACCGCACCCUGGCCCUGCUCCGGCAAGUGCUCAAGUCUGAGGACCCCCACCACCGAGCCCUGGCCUGGUGCUACCUCGGAAUGCUGCUGGAGCGGAAGGACACCUUCUCUACCACCCCCAUGGGCAUCCACGACUGUGGGUACUCGGGGACCGACCCUCUGGACUGCUUCGGCAAGGCCAUCGAGAUUGCCAAGAACCAACCGCCCAUCCUCAAUCGCCUGGCCAAAAUCUUCCACUUCCUAGGAAAGCAGGAUAUGGCCAUUGGAACCUGCAACAUGGCCCUGGAUGCCCUACGAGAUCCUGAGCUCAACUGGCAGGCGUACUGCACACGGGCCAAGAUCCACAUCAGAACCUACCUGCACGACCUGGAGCGGGCCAAGAUGGGUCUCGGGGGCAUGCCUGACAGGAACCACCUGGCCUGUGCCAAGGCUGACCUCGAGGAAGUGGUCAGGGUGUGCCCAGGCUUCAGGACAUACCUGGACAUCGGCCAGGUCUACUACUACAUGGGCGUGGACGCGGUGCAGGAGCUGCUGGCGGUGGACGAGGCGGCGCUCAACCAGGCGCUGGUGUUCCUGGCCAAGGCGGGCGAGUCGGAGCUGGGCGCCGCUCUGCCGGAGCUGCAGCUGCUGCGGGGCAAGUGCCUGCGCAUCAAGGGCGAGGACGCCAACGCGGCGGCCUGCUUCAAGCGCGCGGUGGAGCUGGACGACGCGGGCUCCAGCCACACCGAGGGCUUCGGCUGCCUGCUGGAGGCGCUGCUGGCGCAGUGGAGCCAGGCGCAGCUGAGCGACGCCGAGCUGGGCCGCGAGGUGGACGCCUGGCUGCGCCGCGCCCAGGACAAGUACCCCGCGGCGCGCCUGCGCCAGGAGCUGCAGCGCGUGUGGCGCGGGCACACGGACGAGGUGCUGGGGCUGGCCCGGGCCCUGGUGGCCCAGGGACGGCCCGCGCUGGUGCGGCUGCUCUUCGAGACCAUGGAGCGCGAGGGCGAGGCCGCCAGCGCGCCGCGGGACCGCCGGGCGGUCUCCUUAUAGGGCGUGGGCACCCAGGCCGGAGGCUCCCAGGGACCCCGCCGCGGCGCCCGAGGCUGAUGGGGCCAGGUCCGCACGGCCCCCCUGCCUUCGGCUGGCCGGGGAGAGGAGCCAGUUCGAUUCUCUGUCGGGAAUUGUGAAUGGGGACGUUGCGACACCGGGCGGUUUGAAAUAUGCCCACCCAGACUGGAGGCCUGAUUCGCCAGAGCAGGAGAGGCUGGCAGCAGAGGUGAGAGAACGCCGCGAAGCUGCCAGCUGAGGGACAGAAUCUUCUAGACAUACAGGUAAAAUAAGGUGGUUGUGAGGCUCCCGAGAGAAAUAGAAGACACGUGCCUCAGUGUGGCCGUUUUCUAGUCCAGGCGCUCCAUCCCUCAGGUCCGAGUGCCUGUCCCUGGACUCCCGUGGGCCACACUCUGUCCUCACGUGAAAGCCCCCUUUAGUUGGCUGGAGUGGGGUCUCAGCUCCCGCAGCCAGAAAAGCUAUGGCUAGAGCAGAGGGCGAGAUUGCACCGCUAGUGAGUGAGGGGACAGGACCUAAGCCUGGUGCUCAGGGCGCAUUCCUGCCUCUCUGUCACUCUUCCAGGAGGGCUCCUCCGUGGUCAGCUUGGCCGGAAAGGCCUCCCAAACGCUCUGAAAUACAGCCCGUGAAUAGAACCUUCACUUGACUUCCCUGUUCUUAGGGGAACCUAGGGGACCCACCCAUUAGGAGGUGCCACGUACCCCCAAUCGUUCUUUUUUUGUUUU